AUGCCAUAUCAUGAGUACUACCACUUUGUUACCACCAUCCCCAGACUAUCCAACUUGAACUAUUCCCAGUUCGUAGAGUCAGUCAAUCGCGCCAUGAACGCCAGCCAGGCACCUCAGUCAUCUUGCUUUGGUUCUGAUGGGUUAACUAACGAGGGGUUCCGCAGGAUCAACGGACCCAUUUCUUCGACCCAUGCCGACGUUCGUGAUGCUACUGAGAGACUGCACCUGGACCUCUAUGCAGACUCUCCUCGUGAAUACCCUCGCGACUCUUUCGAGUUGCUAACCGAGUUACCUCCUCCCUCUGUUCGGCAGGGUAUUCACUUGAUCCUUGGCGCCACCCUGAUCGCCAAACCCGACAAACUAUUCCAACCCUUUGGCACCACUACCACUCUCCAACCCAACAAGGAGCCACAAUACGUCAUUGAAAAGGCUUUCCAGAAGCAGCAGGGUAUCUUCCAAAACGCCAAGGUUGCUGGCAAGAAGUCCGUCAAGAACAACCGCUGGUACAAGGAGGUUGGUCUCGGCUUCAAGACUCCCAAGGAGGCCAUCGAGGGUCACUACAUUGAUAAGAAGUGCCCCUUCACCGGCGAUGUUUCCAUCCGUGGCCGCAUCCUCACCGGUGAGAUCAUCUCCACCAAGAUGAAGCGCACCAUCAUCAUCCGUCGCGAGUACCUUCACUUCAUCUCCAAGUACAACCGUUAUGAGAAGCGCCACAAGAACUUGGCCGCUCACUUGUCGCCUGCCUUCAUUGCUGUCCAGCAGGGUGACACCGUCACCGUUGGUCAGUGCCGCCCCCUCUCCAAGACUGUCCGCUUCAACGUCCUCAAGGUCCAGAAGAAGGUCGUCAAGGGUGCCAAGAACUUUGCCAAGUUCUAA